UGCCCCAUCAUUAGUGUCAGUGGGAGGAAUAGUGCCCCAUCAUUGGUGUCAGUGGGAGGAAUAGUGCCCCAUCAUUGGUGUCAGUGGGAAGAAACGUGCCCCAUCAUUGGUGUCAGUGGGAAGAAACGUGCCCCAUCAUUGGUGUCAGUGGGAAGAAACGUGCCCCAUCAUUGGUGUCAGUGGGAGGAAUAGUGCCCCAUCAUUGGUGUCAGUGGGAGGAAUAGUGCCCCAUCAUUGGUGUCAGUGGGAGGAAUAGUGCCCUACCAUUGGUGUCAGUGGGAGGAAUAGCGUCCCAUCAUUGGUGUCAGUGGGAGGAAUAGUGUCCCAUCAUUGGUGUCAGUGGGAAGAAUAGUGCCCCAUCUUUGGUGUCAGUGGGAGGAAUAG